ACUCUACUGGACUCAACAACAACAGUACAAGAUUAAGUGGGAGGAGAGAAGAAAACUAGUGACUGUCGAGGGCCUAUUAUGUACUAAAUAUUUAAGUGCCAACUAUGUAUAACUACGGAUCAGUUACUAUGCGAGGAUUACUUAAUGCUAAACAAAACCAGGCAGUGUCUCUGCAUUUGAGGAAAUGAAAGCAGGCUGGGUGCAGAGAGCUAGGGGAGUCUGGUGGGAGGUCCAGUUGGAAGCAAAAAGGGGCCAGACUACACAACUUCUUGUCUAUACCUAGAAAAGAAUUUUGGAAAACCACCUAAGAGUUUUGAGGAUUUCUUAGAGACAUGAGCUCAUUCAAUCCUUACAACAAUCCUGUAAGAUCAUUAUAAACAAAAAUUCCACCUGAGAAAAUGUUGAAAUAGAAGUUACAGAUACAUCAGAUUGGCUGGAUGAAAUACAAGCAGUUAAUUUUUGUAACGUGGGGAGAAAGCCCAAAUUGCCAGAUUACAUGUGUAAAUCACUGCGUUACUGCUUUAGUCAUUGUCUCUAUUUAGCAAUGACAAGACUGGAAGAAGUAAAUAGAGAAGUGAACAUGCAUUCUUCAGUGCGGUACCUUGGCUAUUUAGCCAGAAUCAAUUUAUUGGUUGCUAUAUGCUUAGGUCUUUAUUUAAGAUGGGAAAAAACAGCAAAUUCCUUAAUUUUGGUCAUUUUUAUCCUUGGUCUUUUUGUUCUUGGAAUUGCCAGCAUACUUUAUUAUUAUUUUUCAAUGGAAGCAGCAAGUUUAAGUCUCUCCAAUCUUUGGUUUGGAUUCUUGCUUGGCCUCCUAUGUUUUCUUGAUAAUUCAUCCUUUAAAAACGAUGUGAAAGAAGAAUCAACCAAAUAUUUGCUUCUAACUUCCAUUGUAUUAAGGAUAUUAUGUGCUUUGGUAGAGAGAAUUUCUGGUUAUGUCCGUCAUCGACCGACCUUACUUACCACAGUUGAAUUUCUGGAGCUUGUUGGAUUUGCCAUUGCCAGCACAACUAUGUUGGUGGAGAAGUCUCUGAGUAUCAUUUUACUUGUUGUAGCUUUGGCCAUGCUGAUUAUUGACCUGAGAAUGAAGUCUUUCCUAGCGAUUCCAAACUUAGUUAUUUUUGGGGUCUUGUUGUUUUUCUCCUCAUUGGAAACUCCCAAAAAUCCAGUUGCUUUUGCAUGUUUUUUUAUUUGCCUGAUAACGGAUCCUUUCCUUGACAUCUAUUUUAGUGGACUUUCAGUAACUGAAAGGUGGAAACCCUUUUUGUACCGUGGAAGAAUUUGCAGAAGACUUUCUGUCGUUUUCACUGGAAUGAUUGAGCUUACGUUUUUUAUUCUUUCAGCAUUUAAACUUAGAGACACUCAUCUCUGGUAUUUUGUAAUACCAGGCUUUUCCAUUUUUGGAAUUUUCUGGAUGAUUUGCCAUAUUAUUUUUCUUUUAACUCUUUGGGGAUUCCAUACCAAAUUGAAUGACUGCCAUAAAGUAUAUUUUACCCACAGAGCAGAUAACAAUAGCCUUGAUAGAAUCAUGGCAUCCAAAGGGAUGCGACAUUUUUGCUUAAUUUCUGAGCAGUUAAUUUUCUUUAGUCUUCUUGCAACAGCGAUUUUGGGAGCAGUUUCCUGGCAGCCAACAAAUGGAAUCUUCUUGAGCAUGUUUCUCAUUGUUUUGCCAUUGGAAUCCAUGGCUCAUGGGCUCUUCCAUGAAUUGGGUAACUGUUUAGGAGGAACAUCUGUUGGAUAUGCAAUUGUGAUUCCCACCAACUUCUGCAGUCCUGAUGGUCAACCAACACUUCUUCCACCAGAACAUGUUCAAGAGUUAAAUCUCAGGUCUACUGGCAUGCUCAAUGCUAUCCAAAGAUUUUUUGCAUAUCAUAUGAUUGAGACCUAUGGAUGUGACUAUUCCACAAGUGGACUGUCUUUUGAUACUCUGCAUUCCAAGCUGAAAGCUUUCCUUGAACUUCGGACUGUGGAUGGACCUAGACACGAUACGUAUAUUUUAUAUUACAGUGGGCACACCCAUGGCACAGGAGAGUGGGCUCUAGCAGGUGGAGACAUACUACGCCUUGACACACUUUUAGAAUGGUGGAGAGAAAAGAAUGGUUCCUUCUGCUCUCGGCUUAUUAUUGUAUUAGAUAGUGAGAAUUCAACCCCGUGGGUCAAAGAAGUACGAAAAAUUAAUGACCAGUAUAUUGCAGUGCAAGGAGCAGAGAUGACAAAGACAGUAGAUAUUGAAGAAGCUGACCCGCCACAGCUAGGUGACUUCACAAAAGAUUGGGUAGAAUAUAACUGCAACUCUGGUAAUAACAUCUGUUGGACUGAAAAAGGACGCACAGUGAAAGCAGUGUAUGGCGUAUCAAAGCGGUGGAGUGACUACACUCUGCAUUUGCCGACAGGAAGUGAUGUGGCCAAGCACUGGAUGUUACACUUUCCUCGUAUUACGUAUCCACUCGUGCAUUUGGCAAAUUGGUUGUGUGGCCUGAACCUUUUUUGGAUUUGCAAAACUUGUUUUAGGUGCUUGAAAAGAUUAAAAAUGAGUUGGUUUCUUCCUACUGUGCUGGACACAGGACAAGGCUUUAAACUUGUCAAAUCUUAAUUUGGAGCCCAGAGUGGAAUAUUACUGAGAGUUCAUACCAUCACUUAUCACUAACUUGCCAUUUUUUGUAUGCUGUAUUUUUAUUUGUGGAAAAUAUCUUGCUACUUCUGUAGCUCCUCUCACUUUGUCUUUUUUCAAGUAAUUAUGGUAUAUGAAAGGUGUUGGGAAUAAGCAUUAUUUUAUACUAAAAGUAUGUAUGGAGUUAUAAAUGCUGAUUCUGUGUGAAUGCAUAAAAGAUGUUAAAAUAACAGUGCACUUUGACAGAUGUUUGCAUAUGUCUCGGAUUAGAAAAACAAACAAACAACAAAACCCAGUUGUUUCUGCACUGACUAAUGAAGAAUUACUAAUGCCUUAUUUUUUAGGCAUAGACUAGAAAAUGUAGACCAGACAAUUUAUUAUUAUGAGAAAACUACCAAUUUGCUUACUGAAGAUUCUUCUUUGUGAACAGCAGGUUUGAGUCCAGGACCAUUUGAAGAACUACAAACUCUUUUUCUUAGAGAACGAAAAAGGAAGAAGCCAUCUCAAAAUGAAUGUAUAACUUGGUUGUAGUCAACCACACUCAGAUGUCUUAGUUGUAACCCAUUACCAGUAUAGCAGAGAAACUCAAAUUUCUUUUAUAGAUCAAAUCAUUUUUUAUGUAGAUAACUGCAAGAGGCUAGAGCCUACAAGUUGCUCUGUUCAUUGUUGGGGACCUCGGAAAGCACUGGUAGUUUUAAGAGUCUUUCUCAGGGUAACUUAAUGUUUCUUAAUGAAAAAUGUUUCCAGCUAUAAAUUCCUUCCAAAUAAAUUGUCUUCCUUUUCAAAAAGUACUCAUAAAAGAAAUUUAGCAAAUUCUCAUUGGCUGAUUCAGGCAAUUUUAAGCAUUCAGAAAGGAUUUUGAUCUCUAUAGAGUUCAUGCUCUUCCAUGAAAAUUAUUUUUCAGAUUCCAUUAGUGAUAACAUUUAUUCUACUUAAGAUCAAAGGAUAGGAAACAGGUUAUUUUUUUCCUUGUAUACUUGUAUUAUGUAAAAGAAACUGUUCAGUAUUAGCAAUUUCAGUUAAGGAUAAUGGUGUGGUUAUAAUUUUUAAAAGUUAAUUUAGUGUUUUCCCCUAAGAGGUAAUUCACCUCCUGUUUCUUUCUAAUAAUCCUAACAUUCUAGAUUUUCAUCUUUGAGAAGUAAAAGGAAUGGAAUUAAAUUUGGGGAUAUUCUAGUCUUUGUUGUUGAAAUGGUGUGACUUCUUACCAUUGAAGCCAUUUUUCCAGCCUUGGAGAGAGGAAAUAAUGCCUCUACCACUUUCUACCUGGUGACUUGAAAAUUGAAGUAUUAGUUAGGAAGAAGUCACUUAGCAUCAGGGAACUUGUAUACCACUAUCUAUGCACCAUUGUUAUAGUCUGAUUGAUCCCAUGUUUUGAGUACGACUUUCCUAAAUCUCUGAAUAAAGUUUUGGUAAAAAUUAGUUCUUCAUUUAAUGUGCAAAUAACAGUUACUGAAUAUUUUAGUAUAUUAAAAAUGGUAGUCAUUAAAAAAUGCCCUUGUUUCAGAAAAGUUCAUGCUUGGUGGCAGGUUGGUUUGAAAAGUUCCAGUAUAUGGUUAAGUAUUUAUUUAUAUCAACAUCAACCAAAGAAAUGAAAUAGUACAAAAGCUAAAUGUUAAAAUGAUGAGCAUAUAGCUCCAAAAAGAGUUAAAUUUCUACUGAGUAAGUUUCUCUCUGAGCCAAUAUUGAGCAAAUUAGCUUUAACUAAAGCAUAUCCGUUUGCUCUGAGAAAGCUAAAUAUAAAAAUAAAUUCUGCAUUCUUUAUGAAGUAGUAGUAUUAAGUUGGUACUAAAAAUCAAUUUCAAAAGAUAGCAUACAGUUUUAAAGCCACAAAGCUAACUUUUUGUUAUAUAUUUUCUGUGAAAGUAUAACCAAAAAGGAUCUUUGGGCUAAAAAUGUGACUUGAGUGAAUUUAUUAACCAAGAAGUUAUAGAAUAUCCAUUUUGCUGAAUUCUACAAAAACAAAUAAAUAAAACUAGACUCUUGAGGAUGGGAAGGCUCAGUGGAAGAAGGUAUCCUAUCUUAAAACGCCAGUUUAAAAACAUUAAAGUAACUGAUACUGUGGAGAAAAUUACAAGAAGGAUAAAAUGAUUGGUUACUUUCACCUAAUGAUUAAAAAAAAUAGGCCUGACCGUUACUGAGACUAAUAUUCCCGUGGCUUUCAUCUUACAUGUCAUAUAUUUGGGAAGGAGUUAUUUGGAGUGAGAGGAAUUAUUUUAGGAUAAAACUUUUAUCAUUCCACUAAGAAGAAAUAGAUAACAUGGAGAAAUUUUUCAACAUAAUCUUGGCUUAAUUUGUUUCUUUAUAUGUUACCUUGCUCAAACCACAAAAGCACUAGCCUCUAAAAACGUCUUUUAAGAAAGUGUACCCUGUUAAGUGGUAAAUUAAGGAGCCAAGUUCUUUUUCUUGCCAUGACUUUUCAGUUAUGCAAUUAUUUCAUUCAAAAUUUAGUUUUGCUCUGAUUUAAACUCUUCCUCCCUGAGAUUUUUCCAUAGCUUUCUGUUUUGCUCUUAAUAAAUACAGAAUUCUAUGGAAAAGACCUUUUUCAGAAGAUCACUUUUACGACCAGUGUUUUCAUAUAUUGUCUGCUUUUAAAAAUUAACAUUGUUAAUUAAAAUGCAUUUAUAUUUAAUGCAUUAGUGGAUAGAUUUUUGCUGUAAGUAAAAUCUUCAUUAGAAUCUAUUUGUAACUAUGUAUAUUUUGUUUGUAAUUUUUUUGCUUAAAUAUAUUUGCUGUUUUGGAUACUGCAUUUUUAUAUCUGUUCUUUCACAUUUAGAAUUUGGUCUUUUUUUGAAGUAAUGUUCUACAUUACUUUUCCACAGGUGAUGUGAUAAUUAAUAUAUAUAAGCCAGAAGGAAAUAGUUUAAUUUUAAGAAUGUGAUUAAGUAUAUUUGAUACUAAAUGCUCAAAGGAGUUAACAUCUGUGAGUACUUUUGAAUGCCUCCUUUAUUGUAAGCUGCUAGGCUCUUUGGGCAGAUGCUUACACAUUUUUAUAUAUCUGGUACACAGUUAACCCAGAAGAAUGCCUUGCCCCUAUAGGAGGCAUUUAAUAAGUAUCUUUGACCAAGUGAAUGAAUUUAGAAUCCUAAGGAGAAAUGGGAAUAACUUGAUUGUAGAUUAUUCCAUCUUCUUUACAAUGUUACUUAAGUAGAUACUAUUUCAAGAUCCUCGUUAAGCAUGUAAUUUAGUAAAGACUAUUAUAGAACCAAACCCGUUGCUGUCAAGUUGAUUCUGACUCAUAGCGACCAUA